AGAGAGAGAGAGAGAGAGAGAGAGAUCGGGAAUUUGCGCGGCACUGUCCCACCAAGAUAGUUUCCCGUCAUCCCGAGAUAGCGCGGCGGUAAACAGUAAACACGUCCAGCUGACACACACAACUAUGGGGAGUCACCCUAAAGAUGUGGAGAUCACUGAUGAACACCCCAAGAGCCUCCUGCUGCAGAAACAUGCAGACUACAUCCUUAGCUACACCAAGAAGAAGGAGGACUAUGAGUACACCAUGACCGAACACUUCCGCAUGUCUGGGAUGUACUGGGGCCUCACUGCCAUGGACAUCCUGGGCCAGCUAGACAAGAUGAGCCGCACAGAGGUGGUGGAGUUCAUCCGCCAGUGUCAGGACACAGAGUCAGGUGGCUUUUCCCCAAGUCUGGGCCACGACCCCCACCUGCUCUUUACCCUCAGUGCUGUGCAGAUCCUUGUGAUGCUGGAGGCCACGGAGGAGGUGAGUGUGGAGAGUGUGGUGCAGUACGUCAGCGGCCUGCAGAACGAGGAUGGCUCCUUCUCGGGGGACAAGUGGGGGGAGGUGGACACCCGUUUCUCCUUCUGCGCUGUGGCCUGUCUGGCUCUGCUGAAGCGACUAGACUCCCUCAACCUGGACAAGGCAGUGGAGUUUGUGAUGCGCUGCCAGAAUGUGGACGGAGGCUUUGGCACACGGCCGGGCUCAGAGAGUCAUGCUGGCCAGAUCUACUGCUGUCUGGGGCUGCUCUCCAUUGCAGGCCAGCUGCACCAAGUGAACGGGGACCUGCUGGGGUGGUGGCUGUGUGAACGCCAGCUGCCUUCUGGUGGUCUGAAUGGGCGGCCAGAGAAGCUGCCUGAUGUGUGUUACUCCUGGUGGGUGUUGGCGUCCCUUAGCAUGCUGGGCCGCCUUCACUGGAUCAACGCUGACAAGAUGCGCCUCUUCAUCAUGGCCACACAGGAUCCUGAGACCGGAGGCUUCACAGAUCGACCGGGAGACAUGGUUGACCUCUACCACACACUCUUUGGUCUGGCGGGACUCUCAUUGCUUGGGGAGACGGGUCUCAAGGAAAUCAACCCUGUGUUCUGCAUGCCCCAGUACAUCAUGAUGCGGCUCGGAAUCUCAGUGCAAAUUGUAUCGCCAUGAUGUGGGUGUCAUAACCUGCUUGUAGUAUCUACAUAGCAUAUACUGCACACUGUGAUUGGGGGUUGAGAGGUGUGUUUUGUACAGUAUUUUCUUGAUUUGUAUGAGGAUAUGUUAUGAGUGAAAGCAGCUAAUGUGGGUUUCCCUUUGACUUUAUGCGAAAUGAGAGGAGUUAAUCAAACAGUUUGACUAAAUUAUCUUGUUAUGGUGCAUGCUGGUUUGUAUUUAAAAUUUUGUAUAGAUAUUGAAUUGUUUGUUAUUGAUUAGGGAAUAAAUGUUUUGAAUUUGCAGUUUAUAAUCUUCUGUAAGUCAAGAAACUACUGUCAUGUUAUGUAACUGCUUCUUGACAUUUAAUUUUAUUUCAAUGUUAUAAAAAAAUUGUUAAUAUUUUGUUUCAUGUUUGUAAGUUUUAAUAUAACAAUUUCAAAACUUCACAUAAACUUUGUUGGUACUUUUAUCAUUUAGUAAGUUAUAAAGAUGACUGUUUAUUCAUUUAGCUAACAUACAUAGGUAAGUAGAAAGUAUGUAUUCUUCCUCGACAUUCACAGAGCUUUGAAAUAAGUCUAGCAAAAGUCCAACAAAACCAGCCAGACAUUUAUGAUUGUAUUGAGUGGAAGUUUGAAUGGUGCAUAAAUGGAUGAAUGGCACACAUUAGUGGCAGUUUAUUUUACCUUAAAACCUACACUGUCUAAAGAAUCAUUCAAGUAUUUUCCUUGGCUUACGAAUGGAGACAUGGUUGGCUUUACUUUAAGGCACUGCAAAUGAUAAAUUAAAUAACACAUGCUGGCUGUGAAACUGACAAAAUGAUCAUGAAAGGAAGUACUCUUAGAACAUUAAAGAAAUGCUCCCACAUCACUGUUACAUCAUCAGAGCAGAAUCACCAAAGCUUAAACAGACUAGGUUUUGUCACUACAUCAGCACAUUACAAUGAUGUCACUGUUUUCCUUCUCUCUACACUAUAAAACUCAUUUCUUUACCCUAGUUAUCAAAGUUAAUUAGUAUCUCCAAUUCUUAAUUGCAAAGUUCCAGAACUGUAUGACAAGGUUCCUUUCACUUUCAGGAUAAGCAUUAUGUACCAUGGGUUCUCAAGAACUGUACUGACCAUCCAUGUUUGUUCCACUGCUCUUACAACAAAUUUUCAGGAAAUGAAAUUCAGAUUUAUUUAUUUAUUUUUACAAAGAAUAAUUACACCGAAUAGACUUG